UGCAGGAUGGACCAGUCCAAGUCGAGACCCUAAGCUGCGAUCGUGAGUCGAGUGAUCGUCCUUUAAGAGCAACUACUACCAGCACUUUGCAGACUCGACGGCGCGCCAAGGGCCCAUUUUCCUACUCCAUCGCUCAAGGUUUGACCGCUACUGGCCAGCGGAGGUCACUCAGUCGAUUCUUCUUGUUCAGCCGCGCCAAAGAACGUCGCAGGCAAGAUGCGACAAUUGAAGCAUCACGAGCAGCGUCUGCUCAAGAAGCACGACUUUCUGAAUUGGAAGAGCGAUGCGAAUGAGCGCGAGGUGAAGGUGAUGAGGCGCUAUCAUAUCCAGGACCGAGACGACUAUCAUCGAUACAACAAGCUUUUGGGAAGGAUACGACAUUUGGCUCUGCGCUUAUCCACGCUGCCAGCCCAGGACCCUUUUAGGCACGCCAAAGAGGAGAGCCUGCUUGCGAAGCUGUACGAUAUGGGCUUGCUGACUACUGGUGCCAAGAUGAGCGACGUGCUCGAGAAGCUCAACGUUUCUAGCUUCGCUCGAAGGAGAUUGCCGGUGGUCAUGGUCGGGCUCAAAAUGAGCGAAACGGUGAAACAGGCCGUAGAGCAUGUGGAGAAAGGCCAAGUCAGGGUUGGCACAGAUGUGAUCACAGACCCAGCCUUUGCAGUCACGCGGAACUUGGAGGACUUCGUCUCGUGGGUGGAUCAGUCUGCCGUCAAGCGCACCAUCAAGAAGUACAGCGGAGAGCUGGACGACUUCGACCUUUUGUGAUUUGCCUCACAUGAAUCAUCACCGCGCGACUACCUCUGCUUCUCUGCUUGGCCCCUUGAGGCUCCUCACGUCACAUCCUGUAAACAACAGACAUCCGACUGCAACGUGCUUGUUCUAUAUGCGAUC